CGCUUCGUCGUGUAGUCCCCCUGUGUUUGCUACGCAGACAUACUCGUAUUGACAAUGCAAAUAAUCACAAGCGGACACCAAGGCAGUGUCCUCCUUUUGUUCACUAUCGCAACCAUAAUGUAUCACUCAGUAGAUUGUUGGCCUGCGGUGUCUUCCUCACAACCACGGACACUACUUGCGCCUCGUAAUGGGUUCAAAAACGACUGGCCCGUUUUAUUAUCGUCGCCAUCAUCAACCACCUCACCUUCGAACCGAACAUACCAGAGCCAGACGAAGGGUCCCGGGGGAAGCCGUUUCCCCCGCGACCUACCAGUUGCCUCUGGGAUGUUUAGACGGAGAACCGUGUCGAACUUCGCACCUCUCCACCACAGUCCCCCGGCCAACCGUGUGAGUCUGGGACCGAAUCCGCUGACCUCUGAACAAACAAGUGUGUACUCCGCAGAAAAACGCGGCGAUUUCUCUGACGAACGCUGCACUCCACUCAAGCUCCACCGGUCUCCAACGGAUCAGACGGAGACCAACGGACGUAAUGGGGGAUAUCAAUCCCUUUCCAACGUUUCAAGUCCGCCGGGGUCCUUUCAGCUGAAUGAACAGGGUCUGGCGGAGUCCGACCAGGAGCAGAGCUGGCUGAGACAGGACCCCCUGGUGGAGUGCGGGCCGGAAGCCAUGAGACUCCGCAUCAGACGUAGGCGAGCGGGCCAGCUCCUCUUGGACCGAGGUAACGGUUCAGGGCUGGCUCUGUCUCAGCUGACGGCCGAGUGCGGCUUCUCUCUCCAGACCACUGGAAGAGACCUAGCCCUCACUGCCCGCUACCAUGGCUGUCAUGUGGCUCUGGAGGGCCACAGCUAUGUGCUGAGGCUGCUGUGGAAGGGGGUCCCGGUCAAGAUGUCCUGCCCAGCGCCCCGCUCCUCUCACUGUUGCUCCGCCCACGGCGUGACAGUCAUCCUACACGGUCUGCUGGCCAGUGCCAAGCUCCAUGUGAAAGUGAGGAAGGUGUGGACCCCUGUUACGGAGCUGGCUCUGAAGUGCGGCUACACCCUCUACCUUCAGGCCCAAGCCCUCCUGGUGAAGGUCCCUUUCGUCGCCUGUGGUGUCCGGAAAGAGGAUGGAAGGUACAGCCUUUCACUUCAGGUAGGAGAUCAGGAUGUGACGCUGACCUGUCCAGACUCGCAGGAGGAAUCCCCUCGGCCUCCUCCAUGGGCGCCGCCGUUCUACCUUGCCCCUCCGUACUACCCCCUCCCUGCCUACUCUUCCAGCCCUCCUGUAUUCCGGUCCUACGACACCUUUCAGCCCACUCCUCAGCCUUCUGUAACCAUCAGACCUCCGGCCUGGAUCGGGCGCUCAGCUAGUUCUGAGCCCCAGCCAGUGGACCAGAACCCCACCUCCGUCCAGAGGUUCCCAAACACCAUCGGCUACACAGGCACCCAUGACCCCACCCCCCCUCUGUUCACGCAGGAAGGACCGGGAGAGUGGGCAGACCAUAACCAGAGACCAGAUCCUCUAACCUACAGACACACUGAAGACCCCCCACCGCCCUCCCUCCCUGCCGGAGAAGCCGGUCUUCAGCCUCCGAGCUCAUCUGACCAGUUCUACCACUUUUAUCACCUCCCCAAAAUCCCUUCCCCAUCUCCACGCCACAAUUCCGGUACCAAGACUGUCACUGAACGAAGACGGCCAGACACUGGUGGUGGACGUGAAGAUGAUGAUGAUGGUGGUGGUGUUGAAGGAUCUGACGCUGGUGCAGAUCAUCCACCUCCACCCCACGUGUUUCCAGGCCCCAUUGCACCUAUUGGUUAUUUUGAGUUUCUUCAGAAAAUGUUUGAACUUGCUGCUUCCAAGCUUGGUUACAUCGAUCAAGACUCCAGUCGCAGAGAAGCCAGAAACGACUCUAACCCGGCUUACCCUAUCCCAGAGCCCCCGUCACACCGGUACCAAUACCACCAACAGCCUGACCAGGCCCCUGUUGCAACAACGAGUUCCCAAGCCCUUUCUCUGACUCGCGGGACGGGAACCACCAUGGGCCCACCUCCUUCCAUACCCCAUUAUCCGUUACAACAUACAAACGUUUAUAAAGAUUUGUUUCUACGACGGGAGGUUCCUCACAAUCCGAGUCGGCAUGAGGAGGUCGGGUCUCUAAAGGAAGCCCAAGACGGAGCAGCAACAGUAACUACAGCUUGUCAGCAAUGUGUCAAGUCUGAAAACUCUGAACAACGGAAAGAAGAUGUAAACCAAGAACAUGCAUCUGUGACUCCCCUGACCCCUCCAAUCCUGCCUCCAGUCUACCCCUACUUUCACUAUCCACCCCAUCAACCCAUGUACCCCUUUUUUGGCCAUCUACCCUUUCAACCAACCUGGAGAACCAAGCAGCACGUAACCAGCUCCACAUCAACACCACCACCACCACCACCACCACGGACCUCCACCAUGACGACAACACCAGCCACAUCCCCCAACCCAACAGCAACUCCCUCCCCAGACUUUCUCGGGAAUCCCCUCCAGAACGUCUACUACCACCCUUACUAUUUCUACCACAACCUCUACGGUGGACAGCAGCCCUCGGACCCUUCGUCUCCGAAUGGAGAUCAUCAAGGUUCACCUGAGGUGUCCCCUGAACAACCGUUCCAAACAUCUGCUUCACCGACCAAGCUGGAUCAGCCAGGUGACCCUGACCCGGACCGCCACCAGUACUCUGAUGCAGAUGAUCCCUCCUUUGAGGACAUGCAACUUAUUCCCCACGCUGAGGACCAACAAGCCUCUUCCACCAUCCUAGAAUCUACUUCAGAUGCAGACGACUUCCCUCCUUACCAUUACUACCGGUAUUACCAGCCCACUGAGCCUCUAGGUGGGGGUUCUUCUGGAAGGGAGACCUCUGUACCAGAUGGCCAGGUUGACCUGGACUCGGCUGCCGAGGACGGCACUGUGGGAAUGGAACAGUACCAAUCCAUGUCUAACCUUGGCGCCUUAAGCCCAGAUAACGCUGCACAGCAAGACUGGUUUAGUCCCUUCCAGCCUCUGGACAUGAAGCCACAAGGGUGGCAAGAUUGUGCUGUAGGGCAGCACCUCGUCUUCAGAGUCCCGCACUGUGUGAAGGGACCCGAGGUGUUCUCUGACGGCGAGUCCUCAGACAGCGGCCAGGCAUCAUGCACUCCCCAGAGGCUGCCGUGGAACCCUCAACUCUACGCUGUGCCGCUGCAGGGCUGUGGGGUGCGCACACAGAUUGAAGGUGAGGACACGGUCUACCAGCUGGAGCUCCAGGCCAUCAUCUCUCUUCCGGGAGACCCAGCCCCUCGGCAGGGCAUCCCUGUGAGGUUUACGGUGGAAUGUCGGUCCUCAGCCGACGGGUCAGAUUCUGUGACUCUGGAGGUCGUGAAUCCAACCCUGGUCAGGCCUGUCCAGACCACAGAGCCCCCUCUGGUCAUCCAAACAAAAAUCGCCACAGAUGCCUCGUUCACGGAGUUCCUCCCGGAGCUCCACCGGCCCCUGAGCUCGCUCCAGGGCCGGCCCCUGCACCUGGAGGUCAGAGCCCUGGGAACGGGUUCCAGGCUACUGGUCCACUACUGCCUGGCCUACAUCCAGACCCCCCACCCUGCCUGGAUGCUCCUGUACCAUGGGUGUUGGAGCCAGACCCCUCUAGGCCUGAGCCAGCCGACCCCCUCCGCCCUGAGAAUCACCGUCCCCCACUUCCUGGCCUCGCCCCCCUCCUCCCACCCACCCAGCCAUGGACCUUCUGAUACGAAGGACACUGAGGUGUUCUUCCUGUGCUACAGCCAGGUGUGUUCUGAUGCUGCCAACUGCUCCCUUCACUGUCGACCAGCUCUACCGCAAUAAGACACUUUCCAGUGUAAUAACAUCAUGUAAAGAUAUGAAAGUGAAUGAUGGAAAUAAAGACGGGACACUAGAGUAUU